AUGGAUGAUUAGCUUUCUAGGCAUAUACCCAACGACCACUUUCCGAUUCUUUUGUUAAGUGUGAUAAUGAUAAUUACCCUUUUCUAUACACGAGUAGAAAACACCAUUGACUCCUUCGUUCCCCUUCUGCUCUUAACCUUUUUCCAGCUUUUCUCUCGUCUCAGAUUCAUUCUUGCAGCAGAAAAAGAAUCCUGUAAGAUGGAUUCAGAGAUGGUGGUGCAUAAUGGCGGAUGUCAUUGCAAAAGUGUGAGAUGGCGAGUCCAAUCCCCUUCCAGUGUCGUUGCCUGGCAAUGCAACUGCAGUGACUGUUUGAUGAGAGGAAACACUCACUUCAUUGUCCCUUCGGAAAGGUUCAAACUUUUAGGAGAUUCGGAACAAUUCAUUACAACCUACACCUUCGGCACUCACACUGCAAAGCACACUUUCUGUAAGGUGUGCGGCAUAACCUCGUUUUACACUCCUCGAUCCAAUCCAGAUGGGGUAGCUGUUACAUUUAGGUGUGUUGAUCCUGGAACGCUAACCCAUGUUGAGAUUAAGCAAUUUGACGGACAAAAUUGGGAGGACACGUAUAAUCUGACUGGCAUUUCAUCGUGUUCAAAAGAGGGGAAAUGAGCUCCCCCAGACGAAUUAUCCGCGUCUUUUAAAUUCCGGGUUGAAUACUUUUGUUGAGAUCAAAAUCUUGCCUUAAGAGUGAAGGCAGAUUGGUCAUUUUGGGUGUAAUUUCUCCUUGGCUAGAUGUACCUUGUUGAUCUGUUGGAUUUCUCAUCCACUACUCCAACCAACACACAUCUUAUGCACAUACAUCAUGUAUCUGGUAAUAAUUCUGGAUAAAAGUUAUUUUUCA